GUUGCGAAAACAAGGCGCGCAUUUAAUCACGAAAAAGAAAAGAAAAGAACAGAUAACAACAGAAAAUGGCGGUGUGUUCUUCACUCUCAGUUCUCUCUGCCAAUUCAGCCCCAAGUCUCAUUUCCGAUCCCUUAGAAACUAGGGUUAGGUUUUUGAACCUCACCAAAACACUAGCACCUAUGCCCUCCAAAUUGUGCGGAAACCAGUGCAAGAAUCGCAGGCUCACGAAGUUAAACCGUGCUGGACUUACUGAGAUCGAGCCCGAUCUCAACGAAGACCCAGUUGACCGUUGGGCCACCAACAGUGUUUCAUCUGACGAUUUCAAGUACGGGGAGUAUGAUGGGCACCACACGUACCACGAAGGCGAAGAAAAAGGAACUUUUUGGGGACUACUAGCAGAAGAGAUUGCAGCUGCAGAACCUCCUACGGGAUUUCAGGGGUUUAUUUCAUGGCUCUUCCUCCCAGCGAUUGCUGCUGGGAUGUUCUUCCAUGUCCCGAUGGUGUACUUGUUCAUAGGAGCAGGCUUGUUUACGACAAUAUUUACCAUAAUUGAGCUGGAUAAGCCAGAUCAACCUCACAACUUCGAACCUCAAAUAUACAAUAUGGAGAGGGGAGCUCGUGACAAGUUGAUAGCUGACUACAAUACCAUGAGCAUAUGGGACUUCAAUGAGAAAUAUGGGGACCUCUGGGAUUUCACUGUGGUAAAGAAUGACAUAACAAAGAGAUAGUUUUCUCCUUAGCAUAUGAUGUCAUGAGAAUAUCCAAUAUGAGUAAGAAAGGUAUUUUCCCCAAGUUUUUUCAGUGACUUUUCUUAUACUUUGUAUAAAUUUCACUUUCUUAUGUUUAUCCAGCAAAUGAAUCCAUCUCAAGUAAUCGUUAUUCUAGAAGCAAACAUUAACAUUUAAAUGAUGUAUGAUUGCUGCGAAUCUAGCCAUUCUAGCCUUGAUUUGUUUAAUUUUCUAGAAAUUAUGAUGAAAGAAAAGAAUAGAUUGUAAAUUCUUUCCUUAGUUGGUACUAGGCUUUGUUGAGUCAAGCUGGUGAAAUCUUCUAGAAAUUUCAAACAAUGAAAUAUUCAAGUAAUGCUGUACUUUUUGGUGAAUUUUGCAAUUGCAUGGCUAAUAAUCAUGUCAUAUUGCCUCCCUGAAUUUGUUGAGAGGACAAACUAUAACUAUAUUGGAUGUCUUUUUGAACUGUGAAUUGCUCAAGAUAUCAUGGUAACUAAUGCAGUAUCAGGAUCAUAUGCAUCUUCAAAUUGGAUGCUUUCUAAGUUUAAGAGGAUUAUGAGUGUUUUUUUUUUUCCUGUUUAUAAAAUUUUUUAUGCUAAACUGCAUCUUGCAGUUUGAUGAGAUUAUACAUGAUUAAAGGUUUUAUUUACAAUGUGAAACUGUUGGAAGAGCCUGGCUUCCCCAACCCCUCCCAACAAAAAAGGAAAAAUAAAAAAGACAGUUUGGAAACAAUCAAUUUGAGCUCUUUGUCUUCAUAAGCAUGUAUAUGAGGCUUUGAGUACUUGAUAAACACUCGUGUCUUUAAAACCAGCUAGCAUUUUAAAAUUCUUCUUUGAGUUGUUUGCUUGAAUCAUUCAACACAUAAUUGUUCGUCAAACUUUCCCCACUUGGUUUUCUUAUGUAUACUUACUAUACAUCAGAGCAUCUUGUGGCAUUGGAUUGCUGCCUAGGAGGUUGAUAGUUCAUUAGUCUCAAGGAGUCCUAGUUUUAUAGCAAUCACAAGUCCUUAGGGACUAUCAUAGUCUUCUCCUCCACCCCAAAGAAAAAAGAUGCAGAUGUGUCUUUUGAUCUUCAUAUCUCUCUUGUCCAGAUUUGCACUUCUUUCGUACAUCAUUGUCUCUUGUUGUCACUAUAUUCUUGUAGUUAGUUAUAAAUGCCUGAAGUGUGUUGGAGGGCAUUUACAAUGGGUCCAAAACCUUGUCCUGCUACCACCAACCUGUGAGCUCACAAUUAGCAUCCCUUCCACAAUCUGACCAUCACAUGGGCUGAUCUUGGUUUUCCUCAAGGCAGUGAAUGUCUACUACCAAAAAAGGUUCACAUUUAUUUUAGGGUAGCAUAGUCAGCCUGCUCCUCAAAGACUUCUUGAGUGAGUCGUAAUUGCCUCUAUUAGAUGUGACUGCUCGCUCCAAUGGGACACCUACUAGCAUUAACAUGGUAAUGCAUUAGGUCGUGACACUUAGCUUGUGUAAACUGGCACAUUUUUUCCCUAAUUAAGGUAGGUUGUUAAAAUACAGUAUAAAUAUGGUUUCUUAUUCUAAUGUUUUUGGGCUAAAGCAAUCAAUAUGGUUGAAACUGCCCUUUUCUGCUUUAAUUCUGUCUCUUUAUUUUCUUACUAUCUGUUUCUGAAAUUAUGACUAUUAGAUAUGUAUUUUUGUGUGUAAAUCAUGUUUUUGACAAUCUUGGUAUGAUGGCGUGGCUUGAAAGUGGUGUAUGCACGAUGGUGGUGGAAUGGCUAUCACAGAGGUGCACUCGGCAGCACUGGUAUACUUGGAACUUUUAUAGUUACCAUUUACAGUUCAUUGUGCACCAUGGACUGUUACCAGUCAGUUGAAUAGCUUUAUGAGGAGGGCAAGAUUGUUAGAUGCUCUGGCUUGAUGAUUCUCUCCUUACAUACUAAUAUAUACCAUGUAUACUGAAUUCUGCUAUUUGUCAUAUUUCAACAAUAUCUCUUAUCGAUUUUCAUUGUAAUUUUCAUGGUCUGUGCUGUUUGUUUAUUCAAGAGCUUCAGCAGAUUAUGUGUAGUGUAGGGCCUCUUUGAGUAACAGCAUGGUGAAAGAGCAACAUUUGUUCUCAUGAUUGAUACUA